GCCCCCCCGGCGGAGGCGCGGCCCGGCCCGGCCCAGUUAAGCUCGGCUCGGCGGGGCGAUGGGUUGGGCUGGGUUGCUGGUAGCGGCUGCGCUCCUGGCGCCCGGCGCCGCUGCUUGGGCCCCCUCGGCCGAAGAGGAGCUGCAGUUCAAGGCCUGGAUGCGGCAGCACAACCGGCGGUACGGCGCGGGCGAGUACCCCCGCAGGCUGCGGGUCUUUGUGGGCAACAAGAGGCAGAUCGACGAGCACAACGCCGGCAACCACAGCUUCCAGAUGAGCCUGAACCACUUUUCCGAUCUGACCUUCGCGGAAUUUAAAAAGCUGUACCUGUGGAGAGAGCCCCAGAACUGCUCAGCCACCAAGGGGAACUUCUUCGGCAGCUCCGGGCCGUAUCCCGACUCCAUCGACUGGAGGAAGAAGGGAAAUUACGUGACGCCUGUGAAAAACCAGGGCCCCUGCGGGAGCUGCUGGACCUUUUCCACCACGGGGUGUUUGGAGUCCGCUAUUGCUAUUGCAACAGGAAAGCUCCUCUCCCUGGCGGAACAACAGUUAGUUGAUUGUGCCCAGGCUUUUAACAACCAUGGCUGCAGUGGGGGCCUGCCAAGCCAAGCCUUCGAAUACAUAUUGUAUAACAAAGGCCUCAUGGGGGAGGACACCUACCCGUACCGCGCCGAGAACGGCACCUGCAAGUUCCAGCCGGAGAAAGCUAUUGCGUUUGUCAAGGAUGUUAUCAAUAUCACGCAGUAUGAUGAGGACAGCAUGGUAGAAGCUGUGGGGAAGCACAACCCGGUGAGCUUUGCGUUUGAGGUGACGAGUAACUUCAUGCACUACAGAAAAGGAGUCUACUCAAACCCACGAUGUGAGCACACUCCUGACAAGGUGAACCACGCUGUCCUUGCUGUGGGGUAUGGAGAAGAAAAUGGGACUCCGUACUGGAUUGUGAAGAACUCCUGGGGCCCGCUGUGGGGCAUGGAUGGGUACUUCCUUAUUGAACGUGGCAAGAAUAUGUGUGGUCUUGCUGCUUGUGCAUCUUACCCGGUCCCUCAGGUGUAAGAGGAGAGCGCAGGCCGGGGAGAGUGGGCCCAGGAAGAGGAACGACUGAUGGUAUACGAAUUCCUGAACCAAGAAAGUGAGAACACGAUGAAACACCGGUCUGCUGGAAGUUGUUACCUGCAGGCAUGUUCCGUGGCUUGCACGCAGCUGCCUGCAGUAGGGAGGCCCGUGCCUCCUCUCCCCAGCCAAAAGCAAACCCCGUCCCGGCCCCGGCCGCUGCUGGGGGGGGUCGGCAGCGGGGGCACCGCUUGCGUGGGGCAGUGCCUCGCUGACACCCCGUUUUAAGACGCUGCCCCAGCAGAGCUCGCCCCUUCCUUCACAUGGCUGUUUCCCGAUGAACAGAUGCCACUUGUAGGGUUUUUUGUUUUCUUUGAAGGCACUUUUUCCUUUCUCUAGAGAAAGAUGCGUGCUGUGAUUUGUAAAUUUUAUCUACUUUCAUUAAAGGUUUUUAGUGUUUUUUUGUAUUAAAAAAAUUAGGGUGUUUUAAUGCACAUAGAGAUUUUCUUUUAUGAACCGCUGAAGCAAGCAGGAGGCUUGCUGCUAACACUUUCUACACGGGCGGGCGGCAGCAGGGGGCACUUGCCUUAUGUGUUAUUUCCCGCUACACUCGAGCCCUGACUGAAUAAAGAUGAUUCGUCAGC